AUGGAAAAGGAAAGAAAAUUUUCAAUGUCGGAUAUAACGGACGUUAACGUAUCCCUUCGUCCAUCCGAACUCGUAAUAACCGCCAUAUCGAAUUUACGCGGCGAAGUCGGUUCGUCGGCAAAGGAAAUAACGAAUUUCAUAUCGGAAAAAUAUGAUAUAGAAAAAGAAAAAGUCACAGAACCCGUUUGCAGAGCAUUAGAACGCGGCGUUCGUUUCGGCGUUUUAUCAGAGGGGAAAAAAGGUUUUUAUCAAUUGUACGAUUUUAACAACGGUUUAAAAGAUCGUAAUAAUCAGCAGAAGAAUAACGAAGUCAGCACGAGUACUUGCAAUAAUAUUAUUAAUAAUAAUAAUACCGGUAAUAAGAAAUUUGAUUUCGCCGAGGUAAGAAAAUAUGGGAGGGGUAAAAGAGUUACGAUAAAACAACCCCCAUCCUCGUGUAAGAAAAAUAAUAAAAAUGGUGAAAAUGGUAAAAAUAAAAGGAAAGGAAAUGCCGGACGAAAUGAAUCCAAAUUGUUAAGAGGAAGGAAACGUACGAAACAAAAUAAAUUAAAACAGAUUAAAAAAAUUCAACAACAAAAACGUAAAAAGAGUAAAAACAUCACGUAG